AUGAAGCGGCCACAGGAUUUCCCCAAAUCUCUAGCAGUUCUGACAGCCAUGUCUGCGGUGCUGUUCAUCGUGCCCCCGGCGAUCCGUUUUCCAUACCUGGGUCACUAUGCCACCGCUCCUGCAUUCGGGAGCUUGGGCAUUGUCGCGUACAAAAAGGCCUCCUUUGCCUUUGUUAUCGUGCCGACUCUCGUGAUUGCAGUCAUUUAUGCCAACGAAUACGGUUGUAGGGUGGGGAGUGUGGGGAGUGAUUAUGGUUGGGAUCUGGGUCAUUUCUUUGUCUUUGCCGAGGUCGUCCCUAGCAUGGGGGAUUUCCUGUCCCUCCUGGGCGCUGCCUUUGAUUCGUUCUUCGGAUUUAUCUUAUUCGCCGUGGCCUACUGGCAGAUUUACAAGGGUGGGUUGUUCGCAGGAGCGGGCGGGUCGAUCAUGGCUGGGAUCCAUGCCAUUGCUUUUCUCUGUGGGCUGUUCCUACUAGGCCCUGGACUCUACUCGGCGGUAGAAGCGAUCAUUGCUGAUUACUCGGGGAGCACAACACCCACCUUCAGUUGUGCUAAUGUGGCUAUAUAA